UACAUACAAACAACUUUGGCUACUACAGUAACCAGUAACCAUGUUCUCAGAUGAAAAUCUGUUUAACUUCAUCAUCUUCUUUAUUCUCCUCAUGUCACUACCCACAUUCAUCUUGGCCCAAUUCUUCACUUCUCCUUACGGCAAACACAAACGUUCAUGUAAUUCAGGUACCACAAUUUCACCACCAAUUGUAUGGGCUUUCAUGGAAAGCCCAACACUUUGGCUCACAUUUCUCAUAUUUCGUUUUGGCAAAAAUAACACAAAUCCUUUACCCUAUGUCCUCAUUUCACCUUUCAUUUUUCACUACACAAAUCGUACUAUCAUUUAUCCACUUCGCCUCUACUUUGGUAGUAAGCCUAUUUCCAAAAAAUCCACUAGUCAUUUUCCGCUAAAUAUCGCGGUGACGGGUUUUAUUUAUAAUAUUUUAAACUCAUAUAUACAGUGCAGGUGGGUGUCACAUUUUGCUGAUUAUGAAAGUAACGAGUUAUUUUGGGUACGGUUUUGUGGUGGGCUGGUUGUUUUUGCAGGUGGUAUGGUGGUGAAUGUUUGGGCCGAUGGAGUAUUAUUGGGCCUGAAGAGUGAAGGGGGUGGAUACAAGAUUCCAAGAAGUGGGCUUUUUGAGUAUGUGAGCUGUCCAAAUUAUUUGGGGGAGAUAGUGGAAUGGUUGGGCUGGGCUUUGAUGACGUGGUCUUGGGCCGGGCUGGCGUUUUUCGUGUACACUUGUGCUAACUUGGUUCCACGAGCUGUUUCGAAUCAUAAGUGGUACUUGGAGAAGUUUGGGGAAGAUUAUCCUAAGAAUAGAAAAGCUGUUUUUCCAUUUUUGUACUGACAUUAAUUUUGCAUCUUGUUGUGAUUAUGCAAUGCAAUAUCUAUUUCCUCUAGGGAAUGAUCAAAAUGGUCCUGUAUGGGCUUUGGUUCUA